UUUUUCUAGACAGUUGGCAAACCUAGAUGGCAGCCUUCUGUGGACACUUUUAAGAAACACUUUGUGGCAGCCUUCUGGCAACCUUUUAGCUGCCCUCUUGAGUGGACCAGGGAAUCUUCCUUCCUUCCUUCUCUCUCCAUCACAAAAGGUACCUGCCAUCACUUCCCAUGUAUUCAUGAUUCCUGUAUGCAGUCCAAGAAUGGUGAUUAAGAACAGUGGGAGUUCUCUCUUGCUGGAGUGUACUUGUUUGAGCAUGUCUCUCUCUCUGCUGUGCUUUCCACGCCCAGCCAUGCCGAAACCUUGUGUUGGAGGCAAACUGUGCACAGACUUAGACUUGGGAGCGUCUGCAGAAGACGACAUGGCCCAGUCUCUUGGCCUGGUCAAUUUCUUCCUGUUCAUCUUUUCAGGGAUGCUCCUCUAUCAUUACAGCAAUACCUUCAGAUACUAUUUCAGGGUUUGUUUCCUAAAUAUUUGGAUGUUCAAUAUGACCUCCCUUGUACUUCCUGUUCUAGCUCUCCGGGGUCGAACGGUGGCAAAUAUGAGAGUCCUCCGCUUUGCCUUGCUGCCAGCGAAAUACUUCCUCGGCAUCAAAUUCAAGGUGCAGGGUGCUCAGAACUUUAACCAGAAAGUGCCGUAUGUUGUGGUUGCCAAUCAGCAAUGCAAUGUGGACAUCCUUGCAAUGCUUCAGAUUUUGCCGGAGAGAAGCACCUUCAUUGUUAAAAAGGAGAUCUUACGCUUUCUUACUGUCGGCAUGGCCUGCUGGCUGAGCAGCUUCGUUUUCGUUGACCGCCGGAACAGGGAAACAUCUGCCAAUUCCAUAUCGGAAGCAGCAGGCGCGAUGGUCCGUGACAACCUGAGAAUCUGCAUGUUCCCUGAAGGCACUGGAGACAAUGACAGGGCUGGUUUGCCUUCCUUCAGACAUGAUGCCUUCCAUCUGGCCAUGAAAGCUCAGGUGCCAGUUAUUCCUGUGGUGAUUUCCUCCUACCAGACGUUCUUCAACGCGAGAAUUAAAAAAUUCACACCAGGGGAAGUGACAAUCCAGAUCCUUCCGCCCAUGAAGACUGAGGGACUGAGCGCAGCUGAUGUCCAAGAAUUUGCAGGCCGCGUGCAAGAGACUAUGCUCCCUAUUUUCCAUGAGAUCUCAGCGCUGAAGCAGGAAGGUGCGACUGGAGAAGAUGCCUACCAAGCUGCCAAUCGCCAAGUAUCUUCGUAACCAGGCUAAACGUUCCCAGCUCCUUCAAGUGUUCCCCAUAAGGCGUAGUAUCCAGAAGCUGGAGGAAGUAGCAAGCUAAAUCCUGUGAAGGAGAGACGUGCUUGAUUUCUGCUCAUAUCCAAGGCUGUGUUUAUAGGUGAAGCAAGACCCUUUUGGGGUGCUAAUGCUGUGAACACCUCCAUUGUGGGCUCAAGUUGUAUAUAUUUGUAAAUAAACCAUAUAUCAUAAAGUCCCUGCAGUCUCCGCUGUCCCUCAUUCCAGAGGAAACACAAACCCUACAUAAGCACCAAUACCGGGAAUCUAACCCCGCUCGGAUAUUGAGGUGGCCUGAAGCAAUAUUUAUCACCGGGUGUACUUACUGCGUUUCAUUUUUCUAUUGACUGUACACUCCCAACUGCCUAUCUACCUGUUUGCCUACAACUCAGGAUA